AUGAGGGCUUUUAAUGAAGAAAAAAGCCUACUCCCUUCUAGAUCUACAAUUAGGGAAAGCUCAAAAGAGAGCUUUAUCUCUCGUUUGUCAGAGCAGGUUUUAAUUGGGAUGGAGAACUUUAUUGAAAAAAGGUAUAAGAAGGGUUCAAUGACUUCUUCUUUUUUUGCAUUGGUGAACACAACGAUGGGUGUUGGAAUUCUUGGGCUUCCUUGGGCAUAUAGUAAAAAUGGACUAUUGCAGGGAAUUGCUAUGACGGUCAUAUCUGGCAUGUUUUCAACACUUGCAUGCAUUCUUCUUUCUGAAAUAUCGCUUAAUGAGGAUCCAAAAGGUACAAUGAUGCCUGUAACAUACUAUUCAAUUGCAGAGAAGACUUUUCCAAAGCUUAAAUCUUUAAUCGACACAUCUAUUCUAAUUAUGUCGCUUGGAUCAUGCAUUACUUACCUAAUGGUUGUUGUAGCUGUAUUACAGACCUUAUUUGGAGGUUUUCUUUCUCCAUAUUUAUCAGAGUCUAAUAUAAGAACUGCAAUUCUAUUAUUUGUCGUGAUUUUUAUUAUUGGCCCAGCCAGUUAUCCUACAACUCUUGCUGAACUUACAAUCAUUAACUGGAUUGCCGUAUUUUCUUCGCUCUAUGUUGCAGCAGUUGUAAUUUUCAGUUUCCUAAUUGGUCUUCCCGAAGUUUCAUCAAUGCUUGAAAAGGUUGAACUAAUUUCAACCAGGAGACCAAUAUUUAUGCUACAGACAUUCCCAAUAUUUGUAUUUUCUUUCACAUGCCACCAUAACUUCCUGAAUGUUGCGAAUGAACUUGCAGACAAAACAUUGUACAAAUUAAUUUUUUCAUCGGUUAUAUCACUUGGCUUCUGUACUUUAAUUUACAUCCUUAUGGGCUCCUCAGGUUACAUGUUAUUUGGAAACACUUUAAGAUCCUCAGAUAUUCUCAGUAUGUUUGACACUCAAUCUUUGACAAUAGUUAUUGCUAAAAUUGUAUUGGUUUCAUCAUUAGUAUUCUCAUUCCCGGUGUCUUGCCACUCAUUCAGAAAAUCUCUUGCCGUAAUAAUUAAGAAUGGAGAAGAUGCAGAGAGUUCAUCAGCAAAAGACCGUCAUUUGCUUAGAACACUCACCUUUAUUUUCCUAUUUAUCUGUACAAUUGUCACAUAUUUUGUUUCAGACCUUGGACUUACAUAUGAAUUUGUUGGAUUAUUCUGUUCUAAUACCGUAUGUUAUUUCCUCCCGGCUGUUCUCCAUCUCAAGCUAUUCUCGGGAUCUUCUUGGAACAUCUCAAAGGUAAUGGCAGUGGUCCUUCUAAUUUUCUCUAUAUUAGUUUACCCCUUAUGUUUCUCAGCAAUAAUAUAUACCCACUUUUUCUCAGAUCACUGA